AUGAGCGAAUACGUACCUACUAUCGAUGAUAUACGCCUCAAAAUGUGCUAUAUCUGUCGAGAGGAAGAGUCUUUCGACGGUAGUUCCUUAGAACCCUCUGAUCCUCCCCGCGCCUGGACACAUCCCUGCAAAUGUACAUUAAUUGCCCAUGAAGCUUGUCUGCUCUCCUGGAUCGAAACUGCUCAAGCGAAACCGUCCGGCCGCGAUGCACUCAAGUGUCCACAAUGUGCAACUCAAUACGAGAUAGUGCACAGUGGAGGGCAAUUUGGUUUUCUACAACGAAGCGCUUGGAGAAUGCUUACUGAUGUGAAUAUCAUCGUGGGGUACAUGGGCAAAAUGUUCCUCAUUAUGGUGCCUUCGACAAUACUUAGUGUUGUAGGGGCAGGUACUUACUGGAUGCUAACAAAGUAUGGUGCAUAUUCCAUACGCGAAUUUUUUGGAAAAGAAGUAUACGACGCUUUUCUAACAGACGACUUGUCCAAGUGGCCAUGGAGUGCCUACAUCAAUCUUCCUCUCAUUCCUGUAUUUCUCGUCGCCUCUCGCUUCGAGACAAGAUUCAGCUUUCUCCCAAUCGUCUCAGCCCUCCUCGAAUGGCCAAACCUUUACGAUCGCGGUCUACAGAGUCCUGCCAACAUCGAAUGGAACACCAUAACCGUCUUUCCGCCUUCACCGUAUACUGUUGGAUUCAUUCUUCUUCCACUAGUUCGCUUCUUGUAUAAUAAAGCACUGAAGAGGGUCACUAAGUGGGUCCUAGGGGCUCGGAUACCUACUGUGGAUGGGGAAGAUGAAAAUGCAUUGAUGGUUGUCCGUCUGAGGGGCGCUGCAGAGAAUGGAGAGCCUCCCGACAUUGACAAUGCAGACGCAAAUGAACCAGGUGCUGACCAAGCUGUCAACCAACCCCGAUUGGAGGACCCAGUAGCCGAACACAACCCAGCUGACCAAACCAUCACCAUUUACGCCUCCCCGUUAGGCCGCAAGCUUGCCGGUGCACUUCUUGUACCAAUGGUCGCCCGACACAUGGGCAACAUCCUCUUCCAUCUCGCGCGUAAGCCAGGUGUGCUUGCGCGGUAUCUACGAUAUAUCCUUGCUAUUGGACCGAGGUCUGCUCCGAAUAGAUCAUGGUGGGAUGCGAAUUCACUUUCCCCAUCUUCAUAUGCGAGUCGGAAGGCUGAGCCAGGAUCAUCAUUGAGCUUUGGAGUCGGGAAUUAUAGGUGGAACUUUGAUAAGAGUGGCUCAACAACCCUUGGGAGUGAUGUUCCUUGGAAGGACGUAUUGCGCGCACUGUGGGGUGGAUCAAAAGCUUGGGCAGAGUUUGAUCCUAUAUGGUGGAGAAAUACCCUUGGGUUUGGCAUCUUUGUAGUCGCGAAAGACGCUUUGAAUCUCCUUCGUUUAUGGCUCGUCAAGCGCGAGCGAGAAACUAGGCGAAUCAAGAAUCGCGAUUUUGCAGGAGUUGAUAUUACGGGGCUCGACUUAAUUGAGAGACCAAUGGAUUAGUUGCUGCCUACUGUAUAGUUGAACUGGCGGACUUGAUCAAGUCUACCCUCAUUGAAAUCUACUCGAAAUGUAUGUAGCCUUGAAUACUUGCUCAAUCUAUAAAAUCAACGACU